AUGACGCUGUGGUAUAAAAAAUCUGUAAGAGAAUUUUACCCAAAGGUCAUUUAUAAUUCACCGCAGGCCGGCGGCGGCGGCAGUUGGAGGCGCACGCGCUUCGGCCGCAAGGAACUGAAUUCCCCCGCGGCCCAGUGCACCGUGGCAUGGCGUCAGCGCGCGCGCAAGCUCGCAUCAGCUCCGCUCCAGCAAGCACAAGGCGAAGGAUUGUUCAAGAUGAUAAACGAGGCGUACGACCCCGCCGACGAACUGCCGAUGGUGUCGGAUUCCAAGCCGAGCACCAACAGCAGCGCCAACGACGAGAACGAUGUGCGAUCCGUGGGCGAAGUUUCCCGCAUUAGUAAAGAUGAGCACAUCUAUGUGCCCCGCGAUGCGGAGACCCUGCUGUUCCGGGACAGCAAGCGCUGGAUCGACAUGGUGCUGGUGUUCGAGGACGACGGCGACGGAGACCUCUCGCCCGCCGGCGCCAUCCUCCGUGCGCGCCGCAAGGUGUUCGAGGAGAGUCUGCUGAAGGAGGGCUUGGAGCUCGAGUCCGAGGACAAAGAGAAUUCGUUCGAUGGCAAGAAAUGUUUUUUAAAGAUCCAUGUACCUUCGAAUGUUCUUACUCGGUAUGCUGCAGUGAUGAACAUGAAAACACCUGCCAAGAGGUUCUUAACUCUGUCGAGCAAGGCAUGGGGCCAUAAUCUGCCAAAUCAGGAAGAUGGUAAUUCCAAUAGCUUCCCUUACAAAAUGAGCAAGAUAUUUGAUUACGAUUCUACAAAAAUAUCUAAGGAGCCUUCAUUUUACGAAACUCUCAACAUUGACAGUAACGAAGAGCAGUUUGUGAUAAAAGAACGAGAGAGCACUUUCACUUCAGCACAGAGAAGUCAAAUUGUUUGGCAAAUAAUGAUGCGCGCGAAGUAUGAUGAUGGCGAAAAGGUGGGGAUAAGAAGAUUGCUGAAUAAUCAAACAUAUUUAGCGGCAUACCCUCUUCAUGAAGGCAGAUACGACAAAGAUACGGAAGGAUUUAUUCUCGACAGGAGACUGCUCUACUUGGAAUGGGCCAGAGCGUCCAAGUUCUACAAGAAGCAGCCGCUAUGGCUCGUGAGGAAGUACUUCGGCGACAAGAUCGGACUGUACUUUGCCUGGCUGGGUUUCUACACCGCCAUGCUGAUUCCGUCGUCCAUUGUCGGCUUGCUGUGCUUCCUGUACGGACUCGCGUCCCUGCACUCGAGCGACAACAUCCCCAGCAAGGAAAUAUGCAACUCGUCUGGACCCGGGAACAUCACCAUGUGUCCUCUGUGUGACAGUGUGUGCGAUUACAUAAAGCUUGGAGACUCCUGUACGUUUGCACAGAUGACGUACCUUUUCGACAACCCGGCUACUGUGUUCUUCGCCAUAUUUAUGUCGUUUUGGGCUACAACAUUCCUGGAGCUGUGGAAGCGGCGCCAAGCAGUGAUUGUGUGGGAGUGGGACCUGCAACACGUGGAAGAGGAGGAGGAGCCACGGCCAGAAUUCGAGGAAACAGUCAAGACAUACCGCACCAACCCCGUCACACUCGAGAAAGAGCCCUACCUGCCCACGUGGAGCAAAGCCUGGCGCUUCUUUGCCACCUCGUCUGCAGUCUUCUUCAUGGUGACAGUAGUGCUCGGAGCUGUACUUGGAACCAUCAUAUACAGAAUAUCUGUUGUAUCUGUCAUAUAUGGUACUGGAGACUACUUUCUGCAAAAUCAUGCCAAAAUUUUUACAUCUGUGACAGCUGCUGUCAUGAAUCUUAUAAUUAUAAUGAUCCUUACAAAGUUGUACCAAAAGCUAGCUCUUUGGCUUACAAAUGUUGAAAAUCCCAGAACACAAAUUGAAUAUGAAGACAGUUACACAUUCAAGAUAUUUGUGUUUCAAUUUGUCAACUUCUACUCUUCCCUUAUUUACAUCGCUUUCUUUAAGGGAAGGUUUUUCAAACAUCCUGGGGAUAAGGCUGCCCGAAGCUCUGCCUUGCUGCAACUCAAGAUGGAUGUCUGUGAUCCCGCUGGAUGUUUGUCAGAGCUAUGCAUUCAGCUAGCCAUCAUCAUGGUUGGAAAACAGUUUUUUAACAACUUCCUUGAAGUUUUUUUGCCGAAAAUGUGGAACUGGUGGAACAAACGAACCCAUCGGUCGAAAACCAAAGAUUUCAAUCGUAAAUACUCAUGUUGGGAGGAAGAUUUCCAGUUAGUCGAUGCUGGCCGCCUUGCACUUUUUGAAGAAUAUCUAGAGAUGGUUCUUCAGUACGGCUUCGUGACAUUGUUUGUGGCAGCAUUUCCUCUGGCACCACUGUUUGCUUUGCUGAACAAUAUUGGCGAGGUUCGCAUAGAUGCUUACAAAAUGGUAACUCAAGCCAGGAGGCCACUUGCUGAAAGGGUACAAGAUAUCGGUGCUUGGUAUGGAAUCCUACAAGGUGUUACAUAUGCUGCUGUUGUUUCCAAUGCCUUUGUCAUUGCGUACACAAGUGAUUUCAUUCCACGCAUGGUGUACACAUAUGAAUAUUCGCCAACUGGAGACCUGAGAGGGUACAUAGAUUUUUCGCUAUCAGAUUUCAAUACAUCAGACUAUGGGUCUGGCCUGAACGGAACAACCAGCCAUCAUCCUAGGUGCCAAUACAGGGGAUACCGCCGCAAUUACACAGACCCUAUGAAGUAUGAACUUUCUCCAGUCUACUGGCACGUCUUCGCAGCACGACUUGCAUUUGUUGUUGUAUUUGAGCACCUGGUGUUUGCGCUGACGGGCAUCAUGGCCUACGUGAUCCCAGACGUGCCGUCUGAGGUGCGCACGCAGAUCCAGCGCGAGAAGAUGCUGGCCAACGAGGCCAAGUACGAGCGCGGACUCAAGGACGGCGGCGCCAGCGGCGAUGCGCAGGACCUGGUGGGACGCAUACGGGGCAGCUCCGUCAGCUGGGGCGGCAGGACGUGGUGGGGACGGCGGCUCAGCCGCGUUUCCGACAGCUCGGCGCCGCCCGACCGCGACAACUCUGCGCUCUGGGAGCGCCACGAGAUCCACUGACCCGCGCUCACGCCGAGCCACCAGCCACUGUGUACUUCCUUUCAUUGUUCAACGUGUUCAUCAAAAUAGGCACUCAUUAAAAAUUAUUUUUUUGCAUAAAAA